UUUUAAAUGGACAAAAUGAUUGGAUAAUUUCACAAAGGGCUGAGAGGUUUCAACACUCGGAGACUGCCAGACGAAGAAGAAGAAGAAGAAAAGCAUGGCAAUAUCUUCAAUAGCUACGACGCUUAUCCCUCCUCUUGCUACUUCGCCUUCUUUCGCCACUAAACCUGCUACACCAACCAAGCUCUUUUCUUCGUCUUCAUUGACUUUGCUCUCCAAUUCUGUUAACGGUGCCUUUAGCUCCCUAAAGCUCUCACCAAGCAGGGUUUUUGCUGCUCCUGAGACUUUGGAUUCUGACGAUACUCUAGACCCACCUCCAGAAACCCUUGAUGAACCUGAGACUGAAACUUUUCAGGUUGGAGAUUCUGCAACACCAACUUCACCAUCGCUCGGCAUUGGAGCAGAUGCAGAUAAGAUGGCUCCAAAGCAGAAAAUUAGGAUUAAGCUAAGGUCUUACUGGGUGCCCUUGAUCGAGGACUCCUGCAAGCAGAUAAUGGAUGCUGCUAGGACUACCAAUGCAAAAACCAUGGGUCCUGUACCAUUACCGACAAAGAAACGAAUAUACUGUGUCCUGAAAUCCCCCCAUGUGCACAAGGACGCUAGAUUCCAUUUUGAGAUCAGAACACACCAGCGCCUAAUAGAUAUUCUCUACCCAACUGCUCAGACAAUUGAUUCAUUGAUGCAACUUGACCUUCCUGCUGGGGUUGAUGUGGAGGUCAAGCUAUGAAGUAGCAAACAUGAAACACCAAGUUAGGGCUUGUGGACUUAUGAAUAUAGUCAUUGUCAGGUAUCCAACCAAUUCUUCCAAGAAAAGCAAGCUUGGGGAAGGUUUGCUUGAAGAAGUAAGUUGUUUGCUUGUCCUACAAGGCUCUUAUAGCUCUUAAAAUUUUUUUCGUUGGAUAAAUUAUAAACAAUGUUGCAUGUGAAAAUUCACUAAUGCUGGUCGGAUGUUCGAAAGGUAAAAUAGACAUGUAGAGCUUCUUUGUGGAUGUUUCUUGUGUUUUGAUUAGCGUCUCUGACUCUCUAAGAACCUGUAAUUUCUUAUAAUAUUAUCAUUUCUUUUUUU